CGUCCGAUACGAAGCCGUACUGAAUUAUGAUCGCAACGGCUGCCUCUACUCCUAAGGUUCUCAAAAUCGUUGUAAAAAAAACCGCACAUUGCAAGCUCGACCAGUCCGGGCCCAAGAGGUCGCAACCAACCUGCACGCCAGGCGAAGCUCCGUCAAAUACUUCAGGGACUGAUGUGAGACCCGUUAAUAAUGAGGACAGCGCAGAUGUUCGUAAAGCGGGUAUGAUUAAAACUCGAAGUUCGUUUCACACCAUAGCUUCGGGUAGUAGAAGUCUGAGAGUUACCAAGAAACUGCAGUCAGAUGUCAAUCGCACCGUAUCGCUUGUAUCGCUGGUCAAUCCUAACCGUAUCGGCGACAGUCACAAAGAUAGAAUUAAGGGAGUUGACACAGAUGCAGAGAACCAGAUUAUGAGUUCAGGUGCGGCGUGUACAGAGCCCAUCCCAGAAACAAACAGGGCCGAGCAUCCUAAUACGGGACCGGAAAAGGUCAAGUCCGAAAAUAAAAGGUCGUGGGGGUCGAAGAUAAGAGCGAGUGCUUCUUUUUUCCACCACGAUCGGUCACACCACGGCCGUACAGAGCUACCUACACCAGAGGACUCUCUAUGGGUUGAGGAUGGCCAAGUUGAAGACGAUCCAAUUGAGCACAAGAAAGACAACCGAGCCCUCAGGAGGUGGUGGCGAUCGUGCAGAACACGGGGAAUCAAUACACUCGCACACAGUAGUCCUAGCGACAAGCCUAAGGCAACUACCGACAGCGUUAAAGUAGACAACUUCAGAAAGACCAAUGGCAUGUGCAACUCAGCGUACCAGCCACAGGUGGGUCGUUUGCACACGACAAAGAACGGCUCCUCUCCCACGGCGUCACCCGUAGUGUCACCAAGAACCAAACUUGCCAUGGCCGAUCUCCGGUCCGCGCGCACGGAACAUCGACAUUCUCUACAGUCGAAACAACAGCAAUACCUGGCACUGAUAAACAUGUACGAUUCUGGCGAAUUCAGGAACCUUCUCAGCCUAUCUCCGGUGGCCGAGAAGAAACCCGACUGUGCCCGGAGGCGAAAACUGCAGCAACUGGCCGAACAACAACUCAUCAAACAAUGCGCUGCACAGCAACGGUUGAUAGACAGUAGGCCUGUGAGUAAGGUAUCCGCAACAACAACCAGGGACACUGCAGACGAUGAAAAGAAACCGUCGCUGCUCACAUCCGUGCUGGACGCGCUUUCCAACGAGGAUAUGGCCGGGUUACUGGGCCUGAACUUGAGCGAUCUGUCUACACUGAAUCUGUCGGUGGACAACAGUGUGCGACGCGGGAGUGCGUGUAGUGCAGCCGCCGAUGCGAACGGUGAGAGCUCGAUAUCUACCUACCCCAAGAGUGCACCGAACAACGCGAGUAAGGCCCACAGCAGCACCAGCGCUACACUGCUGAGUGAUGAACCAACCGCCUGGCAAUGGCAGGGGGGUCCGUUUGUUCAGACUGUGGGUAGGAGGAGGAGUGAAAUGGGUUCGUUUAGUAUGGCGAACAUCCAGAACGGAGUUGUACCCAGGAAGAGACGGGGUGGGCAACGCCGCUCAAUGCUGGAGAAUGUCAGGGUUGAUCUGGGCGAUAAUUUUGUACCGUGCGACGGCCUUGAACAAUUUUUGAUGGACACAGAUCCGGAUAAGACACUCGACGACGAGAAAGCGCAACGCCGUAUCCGUAUGCCCAGUAUCUACGGCAACAACCGAUCCACAGCAAGUAUCGGUAGUGUUAUAGACCGGUACAGUCUAUCUACACUGUCUCUGGUAAGCAAUGAAUAUUCCUUGCCGCCCGCGCCCAGGCCUACCUACGUACAGGACUUGUGUGUGGCGAUGGAUCAGUUACAGGCGCUCAUGAGGUGUGUCGAAUAGAUGACCAAAUAAUAACGUGAUGAAUUUGAACGGUCUUUCAGAAUUGUAAAGGCCGAGUCCGUUGGGAGUGUGUCUGUGACCCAGAUUCAGACACUCGGGCGGAGGGUCGAGUAGAUGACCAAAUAAUAGCUUUUCGCUAUAUUUAAGAUCUUUUCUCUCAGAAUAAAGAAAGAUAACCU